AUGUCGAAAGUGUUCGAAUUCAAAGUGAAAAUGACCUGCGACGGGUGCUCGGGCGCCGUCAAGCGGGUGCUCGACAAGCACCUGGGCAAAGGGGUGGAGCAGUUCGAGGUGAACCUGGAGGACCAGACGGUGCGGGUGACGUCCACGAUGAGCGCCGACGAGCUGCUGGAGACCAUCCGGAAGACCGGCAAGGAGACCGAGAUGGUGUCGGUCUCGUGA